GUGGGGGGGAUGGAUUUACGUUAAGACCGGGAGGGAGGAGAAGCGGCAAGAUGGCGGGAGCGGAGUUCUCAAAUGCUACCCAUGAAGCAUUCAACGUCACACUUCACACCACGCUGGCCCUCACCACUAAGCUGGUGCUGCCAACGCCCGCCAAGCCAAUCCUGCCGGUUGAAACUGGGGCCCAAGCGCAACAGGAGGAACAGUCAAGUGGCAUGACAAUAUUCUUUAGUCUUCUUGUUUUAGGUAUCUGCAUCAUAUUGGUGCAUUUAUUGAUAAGAUACAGGCUGCAUUUCUUGCCAGAGAGUGUUGCUGUUGUUUCUUUAGGUAUCCUCAUGGGAGCAGUUAUAAAAAUUAUAGAAUUCCAGAAGCUGGCCAACUGGAAGGAAGAAGAAAUGUUUCGUCCUAAUAUGUUUUUUCUUCUUUUACUUCCCCCGAUUAUAUUUGAAUCUGGGUAUUCAUUACAUAAGGGGAACUUCUUUCAGAAUAUAGGCUCCAUCACUCUGUUUUCUGUGAUUGGAACAGCAAUUUCAGCUUUCAUUGUUGGAGGAGGAAUAUACUUCCUGGGUCAGGGGUAUAGUGAAGAACACAGGAAGAAGCAAGUCUUUGUGGUGUUGGAAUGGUUGUACAUGCUGGUGUACAUGGAG